AAUAAAAUUCAGUCGCAUCAUUUAUUAAGUUUCGUGUAUCAGUAAAAUAAACAAACAUGGAUUUAAUUGUUGUAAUUUUGUGUAUUUUAUCAGCAAUUAAAAACAUUCAAUCGCAAAAUUUUUACAACAAUAAUGCGCAAGGAUUAUGUCCUCCAAGUAGCACGUGUUUACGCUUAUCGCAAUGUGGUCUUUUAAACGAUUUGAUUCAUCGAUCAUGUGUUGCAGCAGAUAGGUUUCGACAAUUAACAUGUGGAUAUUCUGGCGUAGAACCAAUGUUAUGUUGUCCAACAGUUGGCAGAUCAUCAAUAGUUCCACAGAAUAAUAAUAACAAUAACAUUUGGAGAGGUUAUCAAAAUACAGGGAAUGAUAAUAACAAACCGUGUGGUGUAACCCGUCUGCGAGGAAUUACUGGAUACAAUGGACUGGGUGCACAACCAUGGGUGGCACGAAUUGGAUUUGCUAAUGGCAAAACUAAGGAGAUUAAAUAUCCUUGUGGUGGAUCAAUUUUGAGUAAUCGUGUAAUAUUGACUGCAGCCCAUUGUGCCUUAGCGAAAUCAGAAAAUUAUAAAUUGUAUAGUGUUUUGGUUGGCGAGUAUGCGACAAAUACUAAUAUUGAUUGUGAUGAAGAAUUUUGUUCUUUACCACCACAACAAAUACAAAUCAGUCAUGUGGUCGUACAUCCAGGAUAUCAACAGGAUGAUUCUUAUAGAGAUGAUGUUGCAUUGAUUGUUUUACGAGAUUCAAUAAAUUAUACAGUGGCUGCUCAACCAAUUUGUGUAUUUGAGGGACGAGAACGUUUUGUUGGCGAACGAGCUACUCUUAUUGGUUGGGGAAAAUUAGCUGGCCAACAAGCUCAACCAUCAAAUCAACAAUCAUUAACGGUUCCAAUCGUUCCAAUGGAGAAAUGUCGUAAAGUUUAUGGUGAAACUGUUCCCUUAGCAUCAGAUGAGGAACAAAUUUGUGCAGGUGGCUCUGAAGGACAAGAUGCUUGUGCUGGUUUUGGAGGGUCGCCUUUAGUGUCGAAACAUUUAACUGGAGGAGUUUAUUAUCAAAUUGGAUUAUUAUCAUUUGGUGCUGAUAAAUGUGGAACAGAUGGUGUUCCAAGUGUUUAUGUCAAUAUUCAAAAUUAUGCAAGAUGGAUUCGUGAAAAUACUCCAUUACUUUAUUAAAUAAAUAAAUUUUAUUUAAGUA